AAGUGCCAAGAAACAUUAAAGUCAUUCAUCUUUCUGUUUUGGUAAAUAACAAAAUUUUCGUUGUGCAAAAAGAAGAAAAAAUGUCAAUUUCCAAGGAACAACUCUCCGAUUACAAAGACAAGUAUGAAGAAGCCGAAAAUUUGGUUGAAGUGGACAGUAAACAUGAUCCUCCGACCGAACCAUAUCGUUCCCACUACAAAGCGAUGGAAAUUCUUGUGGAAAUGCAACAAAAUUUGAAAAAUUUGCUCAAUGAUUUACCCGAAGAUGAAAAUGAUGAUACUCGUCGUUUGUUGCUGUAUAUACUAGGAUUUCUCUACAAGGAUACGGGUCGCAUAUGUGUCUGGACACAGGAGCUCACAAAUGGUGAAAAGGAUUUGAUGAAAUGUCUGGAAUUGUUGGAACCGUAUAAGAUGAAUCAGGAAUGUGUGAAUGCAUAUUUGGGAGCGCUGAAUCAGAUCGGUGUUUUGUGGUCGAACAGAAAUGAUGCCACUACAUCUAAAGAGUACUUAGAGAGAGCUGAUAAACUUUUUAACGAAUUUAAGGCAUCUAAGAAGAGUCCAUUCACCAUCUACGAUAUAUUCGGAUCGAAAGACGAAAUCGAGCAUGGAAAAGGGAUGGACAUGUUGGAACAGACACACACCCUAACGCUGUACUAUCUAGCGCAAAUUCUCGGGGUAUUGGGCGAUUUACACCAAUCGGCGGUGCUUUGUCAUCGAACUCUACAAAGACAACUGGAAUUUAACGACUAUGAGCAUGUUGAUUGGGCGUUGAAUGCAGCCACUUUGUCGCAGUACUUCUUUCAAAACGAUAGACACACCGAAUCUAGACAUCAUCUUGCCGCUGCAUCGUAUAUCAUGGGCAAAUAUGAGUCGCAAAUGUUACAGCCUGAAAUGAGUGAAGAUGAACGAAGCGCCGUGCUGGAAGUAUUUAAUCAUAGAUCUGCAGACAUAAAUCGAUGUUGGGCAAAGUAUGGUCUGAAUUUGCUAUUGGAGUCGCGGAAUCGGUUGAUGAAAGACGAUGAAGAUGACAGCGAUAAGGACAAAAUUCAGGAAGGCAUGGAAAAAGUAAGCUUAGGCGAGCAAUGCAAAUUUGAAAGUCUUGCUAUUGGCCCAUUCGAGGAUGUUAUUACCGAUCAGUACGCUUUGAUGUUUGACGAUGCAAAGCCGAUCUUUCUUGCAAUCCAAACUUGGUUGAACAAGGCCAAAGAAUAUUACACCUUGGACUCGGAGGCAUCAGAAUAUGCGAAGAUUGUUCAAGACCAAGCCAGUGCAUACAAAUAUUUAGCUUUCUACGACUUCGAUGAUGGUAAUCGUUGUAAACUACACAAGAGACAGGCUGAUUUGUUGGAAGGCCUACUCACCAUGAAUCCCACGUAUUACAUGAACAUUUGUCGCGAGGUUUGGUUCGAACUGGGCUCAACUUAUUCGACCAUGAUGGACAUCAAAUUGGAAGCAUUCGAAAAAUUGAAAAUUCAAGAAAAUCCACGACCCCAUGUGAUCAACAAAAUUAAUUUACUCUGCCAGAAAAGUAUCACGAAGUUUCAAGAAUUCAUUGACUCCUACAGCGACAAAGGUACAAACGAAUUGCGAAAGAAUAUUCCGGCCGAUGAAAUGCAACCGAUUUUGUUCACUUACUUCCAAAUUGGUCGAUUGUAUUACAAAUUCAUUACGCCGGAUAAGAAGUCACAGAUAACGAAUGUGUCCAAUUGCUUGAAGUACUACACACUGUUCAUGAAGACGUACGAUGAGAACAAGCCGCUAGCCGAGCAUUUCAAACAGGAGUAUGGUGUCUGCAGGGAAAUGGUGGAAUUGUUACCGCUGAAAAUCAUGAAACUUCGCUCGGAAGCCGAAGGCAGUGCCUAGGAUUGUACUUAGCAAACACGUGAGGGGUACUGCGUUCUCCACGUUUAAUGUUACUAGAGAAAUAAACUUUGCUUGUUCUCAAUGA